AUGCCCAGUUCAAUGUUUGGAGAAUUCGGUCGGGAAAGACGGGGUGGCGUGGAGAGGAGAGAAAUGAAGAUAUGGCCGGUCUGGAUCAUGCCGAGCGCAGAGACGCUGGAAAGGGAACAACAACAAGAAACCAUCUCAACAUUGGAUCCGACCUCAUCCACAAGUUUCCGUUUUCUGGGGCAAAUCCCCAAAACGUGCGGUGUAGCCACGUUGUUCCCGUCAGAGAGGUUGCUAGCACUGAAGGGGAGCCUCUGCACCAUUGGAAACCGGCGUCAUAUCCACCGUCCCAGGCAGAAAAUUACAAUCAUGCACGCCUUUUCAGGUGCCAAUGGUCCUCACAGUAUCGUAGAAGAACCUCACGCAGACAUACUGGGAGAUGGGCCAACGGAGGGUGCAAAGGACAUGGUCUGCAUUGAGACAGGCAUCAGAACCGAUCUAUUCUUGCCUUCCUCCCCCCGCCCCCUUCCCAUCGGCCAAGGCUUCUCUCCCCACGCUGGAUCAGACCUCUGGGCAGAUCAAAUACGUGAUGGGAUCUUGGCACUUGGGCAAGGGAGGCACGCAGGGAAAGUUAUCGAGACUUGGCAGCAAGAUUAG